AUGAGUAGCGCGGCUUACAACUUUUCCUCAUCCCGUCUGAACUCCUCACUCUCCCUCUCAGGGGGGUACUCAACGCGCACAUCUAGCGUUCGCUCAUCAAGCGUCUAUGGAGGUGCCGACGGAAGUGGCGUGCGUGUGUCUCAAGCAGGACGUUUGAAGCAAGGAUUUGACCUGAAUGAAACAUUUGACAAUGGCUUCAACCUGUCACUGAACGAAAAGGCCACCAUGCAAAAUCUAAACGAUCGGCUGGCCAGUUACUUGAACAAGGUGCGCGCACUGGAAAAAUCUAAUGCUGAACUAGAGUUCCAGAUCCGGGAGUUUUCCGAAAAGAAAAGCUUGGUCAACCGAGAUUACAGCCCCUAUUUCGCUGAAAUCGCCAAACUGCGCGAACAGAUCAAAAAGGCCAGCCUUGAAAACGCCAGGGUCUUCCUUAAAAUCCGCAAUGCUACAUUCGCUGCAGAAGACUUCAGAAUCAUGUACGAGAGCGAACUGGCGAUACGCCAGUUCGUUGAGUCUGACGUCGCCGGUCUGCGGUCAGGCCUAGACGAACUGACGGUGACACGCUCGAACCUGGAGACCCGCAUCGAAGAACUGAAGGAGGACCUCGUGCACCUGAAAAAGAACCACGAGGAGGAGAUGGCAGCCCUGAGGAGCAACAUUACCAGCAGCUCAGUGAACGUGGAUGUGGACGCCCCGCCCCAGCAGGACCUCGGCCGCAUGCUGGAGGAGAUCCGCACCCAGUACGAGGGAAUCGUUGAGAAGAACCGCCGAGAGAUGGAGUCCUGGUACAAAGCCAAGUUUGAUAAACUAAAUAUGCAGGUGAAGGAGAAAACACAGGUGAUGCAGACGUCUCACAGUGAGAUCAGUGAGCUCAAGAGAACACUACAGACUCUGGAGAUUGAGCUGCAGUCUCAGCUCAGCCUGAAAGCAGCUCUGGAGGGAACGCUGCAUGACACGGAGUCACACUACAGCCUUAAGCUCAGCCAGCUGCAGGGCAUGAUCAACAACCUGCAGAUCGAGAUCACCCAGAUUCGCAAUGACAUGGAAAGGCAGAGCAGUGAGUACAAGAUUCUCCUGGACAUCAAGACCAGGCUGGAGAUGGAGAUUGCAGAAUACAGGAGACUGCUAGAGGGAGAAGACUUAAAGAAAACCACAGUGAACAGGGUUGUUGAAGCCAAGGUCACGCCUCCCCCAAUUGCUAAACAUGAAUCUGUGAUAACUAAACGCGUACACACUGUGAUCGAGGAGCUGGUUGAUGGCAAGGUGGUCUCACGCACCGAGGACGUGAACACAAAGGUCCUGAAAGAAUAA